AUGAACGCGGAUCUAGCAGAAAUGGCUGAAAUGAACAUAGAGUUGACUGAUAUGCUUAACGAUUUGACUAACAGCUUCGACAGAAUGCAAGAAGCCUUCCAAAACUCCGGGGAUCAGUGGAGAACUGCAACUCUUCAACAUAUUACUCAGUUGACAACAGAGAUCACUCGCGUUCGUGCACGCAGAAUGAGACAUUCUUUUGAAGCAUCUCUUGCCAGACAAGCCGCAGAUCGUCGAAGGCGCACAAGCUCGGAUUCAUCUACUGACUCGGAUAACAGUGACAUUGACCUGGAUUUCGCAUACCCAAUUGACUUGUGUCAGUUCACGACAACAUCAACAAAUGAUCAAAAAAACGAGGAAGAUCAAUCUAUGGAAGUGGGUGACUCCGAGGAGAACAAUAGUGCAGCAAUAACUGACAGCACUUCAACUCCAUCGAACAAUUCUUCUUCGUCUUUCAAUCAAACUGGUGAGCAAUUGUCAGCAGUCAAAAGAAAGAUGUCAUUUUCUUUGAAAGAAGCUCCUCCUGCCAAGAGGACUAUGGCAACCUCUACCGACGACUCUUAUUUCCAAAAAUGUUGA